AUAGAUUUAAUAGAAAAUUUACAAAUGAGAAAUUAACUCUGCUCUUCCAUGUUGGUGAGAUACAAUUAACUACUAAUGAAGAACAACAACUAAACCAAAUUUUAGCUAAGUCUUUUGAUUUAUUGAAUGCUGAUUUUGAUCAUCAACAAGCUAUUGCCAACUUGCAUGCUAAUUUUGAAAGCAAAGUAGCUCUAUGUUUAGAUUGUUUGUUUGCUAAAUAUAUUUCUGAACUAGAGCCCAAUCAAG